AUGGAUAUAGACAGUCCUACGGUUUUGGUCUUUGGUGCCGGAAAUUUUGGCAGCUGUCUCGCCGACCACCUUGGUGACUCUUCGCACACUGUGCUUAUGUGGUCUCGUAGCGAGGAUACCGUUCGUGAAUUCAAUAAACAUCACAGAAACCCUGAAGUUUUGCAAGACCAUGUUUUCCCUCAAUGCAUCACCGCUAUUGGCCCUGAGUUUCCUUCACAGGAUGUUGUCCGCAGUGUAAACGUCCUACUCUUUGCAAUACCAACAGAGGGAAUCAGAGAGAUACUGACUGCUCUCAAGCCGAAGCUCGAUGAUAAAAGCCUUCCUCUAAUGAUAUUUGUCAACAAAGGCAUUGAAAUCAAGACUCAUGCACUUACCUUAGAGAUUAUCGCUGAUACUUGUGGUCCGGACAUUGCCAAAGUGGCGACGUUCAUUUCGGGUCCAUCCUUCGCAAAAGAAAUUCUCAAACGACAGCCGACAUCAGUAUCUGUAGCGUCUUUGUCCCAUGAACAUGCAGAAAGAGCGUCACAGCUUUUCCAUCAGCCUUGGUUCCGAUGCUACACAGGAGAUGAUCCUAUCGGACUUGAGCUCGCCGGAGCCCUCAAGAAUGUGUACGCGAUUGCGGCGGGUAUGUCUGAUGGCCUCGGAUUCGAGAACAACACCAGGGCAAUGCUCAUAACUCGUGGAUUGGCUGAAAUGACAAGAAUCGGGACGGCUUAUGGUGCAUCGCCCUUGACAUUUCUCACUCUGGCUGGAGUAGGAGAUCUUUUCCUGACUUGUAGCUCUUCGACAAGUCGCAACUAUACGGUUGGAUAUCGUUUAGGCAAAGGAGAGACAUUGGACUACAUUAUCAAAACGCUAGGAAGCGUGGCGGAAGGAGUUACGACCGCGAAGGCGCUUCGAACGGUGAUCGCCAAUCUGGGUGUAAAGGCACCGAUCGCCACUGGGGUGUAUGAGGUGCUUUAUGAAGGCAAGGACGUCGGAGAAAGAGCAAAGUCGCUGAUGUCGUUGCCACCGAUCCGAGAGCUAGACUUUCCUGAGUGCGCAGGGAGGCCUGCACAAAAGCUCAUGGAGAAAUUGGAACUCUGUAGAUGA